GCUUCUCCAUCUUGCUCUUCUUCCUUAGUCGACCACUCGGCAUUGCCGGGGCGCCGUACAACACCUUUGACGGCCCUGGGUACCCAGCCUGCAAUGAGGUAGCUGCUGUUCAUUCACCUACCAGCGUUGACGAGAUCCAAUCUCUCGUCCAGGAUGCCAUUCAGGCCGGCCAGAAGGUGCGAGCGUCGGGUAAAGCUCACAUGUGGUACGACACCAUGUGCUCUGACGAUCCCAAUACCGUCAUCAUCCAGACAGAGAACGUCAACAAUAUUCACGAUCUCGACCUCGAGGCCGGCACGGUCAUGAUCGAGGCGGGCGUGACUUUUCUCCAGCUGGCAGAGUAUCUGCACGAGAGAGGAGCUUCGGCUGGGUACACCUUGGUCAACUGGAACAUCACGCUCGCUGGCUGUGUCGCAAUGGGCGCCCAUCGGUCCUCGAUCCGCGAGGACUCGAUGGUCGCUGCAGGCGUGUUGGCCCUCGAUAUCAUCGACGGCGAGGGGAAUCUGCGUCAUCUCGAGCGCGAUGACAGCGACGAGUGGCUGGCAGCAUCGACUUCUCUCGGCCUCCUGGGCGUUAUCGCACGGAUGAAGUUCAAGAUCUAUCCCGACUUCAAGGUCUAUGCGGAUCAGAAGACCUUGGAUGAGGCCGAGGUAUUUGACGGUGAUAUCUAUGGGAUGAUCGCUCCGUAUGCGACGGCCAAUUUCUGGUGGUGGCCGUACAAGAGAAAGUUCCAUUGGAGAUACUACGAUGUCGUUGAGAACAGUAUCAACGAACAGCAGGGAUUUCAAAACACUUUCUCGGUGACAGGAGUCGAAGCCGCUGCCAUUAAAGUACUCUGGAACAGCGGCAGAUGGCUGGCGACGUCUAAUAUGUUGGCAGAGGAGAUCCUCUUCGGCCAGUGGGAGGCGCCAAACUUCCGCGAGAAGACGACCAACAAGGCCAUCGACACAUGGCCGGUGUACGGCUGGAACUAUGAUGUCCUCAUUGGCGGCCUCUACCCCGACCAAAAGCCGGUAUGGGAGUAUGGGCUCAGCGGAUACACCCUCGAGCUCGCCUUUCCUGUCACCCAGGCCAACGCGGUACUCAAACGAGCACGCGAGCUCUUCGAUGCCGAGUUGAAGAAGGGUCUUGUCAUGACAUCUACCUACCGCAGCGGCAUCAACAUCAAAUUUGGCCGGCCAUACUAUGACCUGCUGGGUCAGGUCACCUACAACACUUCCGAUGGUGCGGACUGGAGCAAGGGAGCCAUCAUGUUCGACUUUCCGAGUUUCAAACCCACAGUCGGAGACGGAUCACGGUUUAAUGAGCCGUUUUAUGGAACCCUGGAGAAAGCCCUGAUUGAGGAGUUUCCCUGCCGGCCGCAUUGGACGAAAAACACUCGCGAAGUGUUCCAACUGGCCAAGAAAAACCUGGAUCCUGAUCACAUUGCUCGGUUCAAAGCCAUUCGAGAGAAGUUUGACCCGAAUGGAGUCUACCGCAGCGUGGUUGGAGAAAUCAUCGGUGUCUACUAGGGGUAGUUUGCUGUUCUCGCGAUGUAAUUGAGCCGAUCUUGAUAUAAGUAUGGCAAUGUAGAGAACCGAGUGACCGUGAUGUCCAAUGCAUUAUCACAUGUUUAUUUA